UAGAAACUGGAUUCCAAGUUUAUUCGUUGUCAGGCGACUAUUCAGUAAAACCCAAAUUCUUGCACUAUAGAUAUCAAGAUUAUUAAUGAUGUAACAAUUUGGGUUUUGCUAAAUAGUCCUCCGACGACGAAAAAAGUUGGAAUCCAGUUUAUACUCCGAUGAAAAAAUCGAAUCUUGUCCAAUAAUUGUCGAUCGCGAUUGAAGAACCAAAUAUAGCAAUGACUCCACCAAUGGAGCGAAUUCAGACACUGGAAGCGAUUGAGAAGGAUAUUAUCGUGUGUUUACAGAGUGCGGGACAAGCGUUCAUGGAGCUCAGCAAAGAGAAGUCAAGUCUGAAACAAGCAGAGGGACAGACGAAUCAGUUUAUUAAAACCCUGGGCCAUGUAGAAUCGAAACUGAGCGAACAAAUAAACUAUUUAACACAAGUUUCAACAGGACAACCACACGAAGGAUCCGGCUACGCCAGUCAAAAAGUAUUACAAAUGGCAUGGCACAGAUUGGAGCACGCACGUAGUAGGGUCAAUGAAUUGGAACGCAUUAAAAACAAACAUCUUCAUACAAGAUCAAACACCAGAUCCACGCAGCCACAAAUACCAGUAUCGACAACACCAAUGCAGACAAAUUCAACUCCUCAAUAAAUCCUCCGAUGCCUCAAACAAUUCGAUCAAUUAACUCUGUAACAAUUAUCAUCAAUCAGCUGUUCUCCUUGAACGAAAAAAAUGAAUUUAAUUGCAUUGUUUUCGACAAUAUUUUUCCUCACUUCACGAAACAAAACUUUUCUGAAAAAUAUGAGUUUGCUAUACGAGCGGAAAAUAAGUACUGGAAUCAAAUGAAGCAAUAAAGUAUUUUCCUCCGUCCAAAUGAUA